CGUCCGUCGAUACUACAGCACCGGCCCUCGGACGCUAGCCGCCGUGCGGUAAGCGAAAUCCCACACAAAUCCUCGUCCGGGAGCCCUAGUCCGAACCUGCUUUGGACUCUGGCCUUCUACAACUUCAUCCGCCAACCCAUCGUCAACCACCUCCGUUGCGACAAAUACCGACAAGAUGGCGAGUACGUGCUUGUUCCCCCAGAUUAUUCGACCUCUGCAAUAUUGCAAUAUUGCUUCGUUUGAGUCCAAGAACGCGUCCCAGCACCACAACAGCCAGAAGGCUCACCGUAACGGUAUCAAGAAGCCUAAGACUCACCGUUACCCCUCCCUCCGCGGUGUCGACGCCAAGUUCCGUCGCAACCACAGACACGCUCUUCACGGUACCGCCAAGGCUCUGAAGGAGAGAAAGGAGGGCAAGCGUGAGGUCGCAUAAAUUAUAGAAACAAAAAAUGAGAGCGAUUUAAGUUGGUG